GCUGCUCUAGGCGCACCCUGCGAGCCCGCGAAGGGUGCUGGUGCGGUCCCUCCGCCAACCCGUGUGGAGGCAAGCAGUGAGAUGGUCGAGCGCCUGAAGACCAUGCGACCCAUCGAGCCAAUGGCUCGUUACAUGGAGCCCCGCGUGCAGGAGGUGGUGCUACGCCCCAGAGCAGUGGGAUGCCCACAGCCCUACCAGCUGUUCGGCACCGUGCUGCCGUUGGGUGCCAGGCCGCCCUGGAGCGGAGCAAACGGAGCGAGUGGAGCGCCCAGCCGCUCCAGCAGCGUUCCCAACGCACGAAGUGAGAAGACGAGGGCGCCAGCUUGGGUUCCUGUCGGCCAGUUGCCUCGACCAGUGCAGGAGUGGCAGGAGGCGGAGGUGUGCCGGUGGCUUUUGGAGGUCUUCCAAGCGCCUCAGGACUUGGUGAGCCUGGUGAGGGAGCAGGCCAUUACUGGGAAGGUCUUGCUCAGCUUGAGCGAGCGGGACCUGCAGGAACUCCCUGUGCCGAAGUUCGGCCACCGGCGGCUGCUGAUGUUGGCGGCUCAAGAACUCCGGCACCGUGCGGUGACACCGGUGGUGCCGCCGGUGGUGACGCCGGUGGUGCGGCAGGCACUGGCCCCUGGAUCCUGCAAUGGAUCUGGACCUCGCUUGGCAGUAGGGCAGAUGGCUCCACAGGUUCCAAUGCGAAGUACACUGCCCUCGCGUGUUCGGGUCCUUGCGACGCCUCCUUACACCUCCGUGCCUUGCGGGGCAACGGUGGUGCCACCGAGGAUUCCCGGAGGCACGAACCUGGCGACUCAGUGUGGGAAGGUCACAUCGCAGUCGGUGGUGGCACCGGUGAGUCCCCACCAGGCACGUCUUCCAGUGUCAUCCCCAAGGGAUACCGUGGACGAAGGAUCUCUGCUCGCCGCCGCCCGCAGCCGCUCCUUGUCACCGCGGAGCCCUCGCCGGAGCAUCGCUACGAGGCAAAGUCGGCUCGGGGCAGUGGCGAGGCCGGCCCCACAUCGUUUUGCCUGGGAGCCCUUGGCGCGAGAGGCGCAGACCUCCUUGACUCACCUCUAGGAUCGGAGGGGUCUGAGAGGCGGCCGAACACGUUGUACCUUAGGGGAAGCUGCCAAGCGACGCCGCGAAGAGGAUCUUUUGGCUUUCUUCGAUCUUGUGGAGAAGGUUUGGCUUCUUCGAAGGAAGAACCUUCCAGAACUUCCAGAAUGGUAUCUGCCCUUGCAAACGGAUCGUGAUUUUCUAUUUCUCAAAAGUUGUUUCGAGGCCCAGUCAAGAGAUGCUCCGCUGCAGAAACCGUG